UCCUUCGCCUGGUGACGAAAAGCCAGAAGAAAUUGGAAUGAAAAGAGCGCUUCCCAAGGAUGGAUACAAAGCCUGCCCACUUGAUAGCUGCUACCAAUCCAUAGAGAAAUUUCGAAAAUGAUUGUACCAGAGUGGUUCUUGGAGUUAUUGAAAAAUCAAAAUCCUAUUCUUUUAGGGAUAAGUAGCGCCGGCAUUCAGUCACUCCUCUUUCCCCUACCCCGCCGUAUAGGGCCCUGCGCGACUGCCUCCUUUCGGCCAGCAAACCAAAGCCAUGGCCUUAUCCUGGCCCGCUGCCGCCACGGCCGCCAUUUGCGGCUCUUGUUCCCCACCGCCCCUACCCCGCCGGAGAUUCUCCCGGGCCGCCGCCUAUUUUGUACCUGUAUGCCCAACGGGACAUCCCGGGCCCCUAUUCUGCGCUGCCUCUGCUUAUCCUGCGCACCCCUUCUCUCCCGAGGUGGCGGAAGCAGUGGAAUCCUUGUAUUCGGAGUUCAGAGAGGUCGAUAACUUGGUGGCGCACAACACCACCCGUGUUCUCAAGGCUUUUCAGAAUGCCAGGGUUGGAUCUCAUCACUUUGGUGGAUGCACUGGGUAUGGUCAUGAUGACGGAGGGGGGCGUGGAGCUCUAGACAAUGUUUUUGCUGAGAUUGUAGGGGCAGAAUCAGCAAUGGUUCGCUCACAGUUUUUCUCUGGUACUCAUGCAAUCACUUGUGCUUUAUUUGCUUUGCUGAGACCUGGUGAUGAGCUUUUAGCAGUCGCUGGAGCUCCUUAUGACACCUUGGAGGAAGUAAUUGGCAUUAGAAAUUCUUCUAGCUCUGGUUCUCUGAAAAACUUUGGAAUAACAUACCGAGAAGUUCCGCUUGCAGAAGAUGGUGGCCUCAACUGGGAUGCCCUUGCCCUUGCUGUGGGACCGCAGACAAAAUGUGCCUUCAUACAGAGGUCAUGUGGUUAUUCAUGGCGUCGAAGCUUAAGCAUAAUAGAAAUUCAGAGAGCAAUAAAGAUGAUCAAGGUACAAAACCCAGAUUGCAUGGUCAUGGUGGAUAAUUGCUAUGGUGAAUUUGUGGAAACAUGUGAGCCUCCAAUGGUGGGAGCUGAUUUAAUUGCUGGUAGUUUGAUAAAGAAUCCUGGUGGAACAAUUGCACCUUGUGGUGGAUACGUUGCUGGGAAGAAAAUAUGGGUUGAGGCAGCAGCAGCCCGUCUUUCUGCACCUGGUUUAGGGGUGGAUUGUGGAUCUACACCUGGUGAUGUAAUGCGAGCAUUUUUUCAAGGCUUGUUCCUUUCACCCCAAAUGGUUGGAGAAGCAAUCAAGGGAGGUUUACUCAUUGCAGAAGUCAUGGCAUCCAAGGGAUAUAAGGUUCAACCACUUCCACGGGAUCCUCAUCAUGAUACAGUGCAGGCAGUACAACUUGGAAGUCAAGAGCGUCUAAUAUCAUUCUGCGAAGCUGUGCAAAAAAACUGCCCAAUAGGAUCUUUUGUCAAACCUGUUGCUGGUCUUACGGCUGGAUAUGCAUCAGAGGUAAUCUUUGCUGAUGGAACUUUUAUAGAUGGAAGUACAAGCGAGUUGUCAUGUGAUGGACCAUUGAGGGAGCCUUUUACGGUUUUUUGCCAGGGAGGGACACACUGGACUCAGUGGGCACUUGUUCUGGGAGAAGUUCUGAGAGCAAUAUAAUUGUCAUGUCAGAGAGGCAAAGGAGCAGGUGACAAUUGCUUCUGACUUCAUAAAGGGAGAGUAUACCAUGCUCAGAAAACUGAUCUUGUAUGCUUAACGGAUUGCACUAUUGUUAUACAUCCAAGAGCAAUAUCCUCACAAUGGAUUCACUUCCAUCGCUGAGCAAGACCUAUGCCUUGCAGGAAGAGCACCAAUGAAGCCUAGAAGUUCAAUCCAUCCAGCCUCUUGAUGAUGUUGCCAUUGGAAGCAAACCACUUCAACACCAAUGGCAGUGGCAUGGGUGCUACAACUCUUCCUCCUCUUAACAAAAUAACUAUCAGACAUGGUAGAGUUCGUGCGAAUCUUGCCAUUGAAAGGUUGUAUUAAAUUGACUACUAUAACUACUUCAGCCAUGUUUGCGAGCAUUGUCCAAAUCUCCCGGGCUAAUCUCAAGGCAAUGAAUGGAACAAAAUCUCCCAACAUCACCAAUGCUGGCACAAAUUAGAACCCAAUGCACCCACAAUAUUGUUGUGCCUUGCCUCUCGCUGGCUGGCAAUACGCACAUCUACUCUCCAUAGGCCAUGCUGGAUACCAAUCCCCUUGACUGCAAUUAAGCAGGGACUAGUCUUUCUGUCAUUCCCAAGAUGCAUGGAUCAUUGAUACAGAAGCAUUUGAUCAUAUGAUCUGAUCUCCUAACCUUUUGCUAAUCAAAUCCUGCCAAACAAUUGUUCACAAUGUUCGUCUGCUCAACGGUGAGAAAGUUCGAGUCUCUUAUCAUGGUGAUUUUUAGCUCUCUACUCAUCUUAAACUUUUUAAUAUAGUUUAUGUUUCUA